AUGUAUUGGCAGUAUAAUAGUAGUAUAGGAAAUAUAAAGGUAUAGAUAGAGAGAUCAGAAGAUAGUAGAGCAGAUAAUAUAUUAGUAAUCAGAUAUAGAUAUAGGAUAAGAGAUGAAAUAUUAGUGGAGCAGUACCUCUCCACCUUCGAGCCGCACGCCUUCGUGGUCACCUACAGCGUGGUCGAGCGCCGCAGUUUCCAGAGGGCAGAGGAAGUCCUGCAGCUGUUAUGGCGGCUCGACGUCAUGACCAACAGAGGCGUCAUCCUCGUUGCAAAUAAGACAGAUAUCGUGAGAUCUCGUUCCGUCACGCCGAAAGAGGGAUCGAAUCUGGCGGACUCCUACGACUGCAAGUACAUUGAGACUUCGAGUGGCUUCAACCACCAAGUGGACGAACUCCUCGUUGGAAUCCUGAAGCAGAUUCGGCUUAAAACCCACAGUUCCGAAGCCACGUCGAGAAAGCGUAGUACGCGGAAGAAGAAGUACCGAGGAACGAAGACUUCGGCAAGUCUUAAGGUGAAGAGCUUUCUAACGAAGGUGUGCGGGAAGGAACCCAAGAGCAAGUCUUGUGAGAACCUGCACGUGCUCUGA